AUGGAUUUAAGGAAGUUGUUUGAAAGGUUACGAAAGUACAAUUUGAAGUUAAAUCCUGCAAAGUGCGCCUUUGGAGCACCAGCUGGUAAAUUGUUAGGUUUCAUUGUCAGCAAGAAGGGCAUAGAGAUAGACCCGGUAAAGAUCAAGGCAAUUCGAGACAUGCCAGUGCCGAAAACGCAGAAAGAUGUGAAAAGCUUUUUGGGGAAGAUUAACUUCAUUGGAAGAUUCAUUGCCCAAUUAACCGCGACGUGUGAGCCACUAUUCAAGUUGUUAAAAAAGAAUGUGCCGUUGCAUUGGAAUGAGGAAUGCCAACAAGCUUUUGACAAGAUUAAAGAUUAUUUGCUGCAGCCUCCGGUCCUAGUGCCACCCAAACUGGGCCGGCCUUUGAUCAUGUACUUAUCUGUGCUCGACGGAGCAGUAGGGUGUGUUCUAGGUCAGCACGAUGACUCGGGAAGGAAAGAGCAAGCCAUCUACUAUCUUAGCAAGAAAUUCACGCAGUAUGAGGCUAAUUAUUCAUUUAUCGAGAAAAGCUGCUGUGCUUUGGCCUGGGCAGCUCAAAAGUUAAGGCACUACCUGCUAAGUCAUACUACCUACCUCAUUUCCCGCUCCGAUCCUUUGAAAUACCUCUUGGAGAAGCCGAUGCCAACUGGGCGUCUAGCCAAAUGGCAGAUGAUUCUUUCGGAGUUUGACAUUGUUUUCACUUCGCAAAAGGCCGUCAAGGGGCAAGCUAUAGCCGACCAUUUGGCAGAAAAUCCAAAGGACGAUGAUUAUCAACCGCUCCAUACCUAUUUCCCUGAUGAAAAGGUUUUAUUUGUUGAUGCCGUAGAAGAUAUGAGCGAGCAGUGCCCGGAAUGGAGAUUGUUUUUCGAUGGUGCAGCUAAUUCUUUUGGAGUCGGAAUAGGAGCAGUCCUUGUAUCCCCGGAGGGGAGGCAUUACCCUGGAGCCGCUAAGUUGCAAUUUGCUUGCACGAACAACAUGGUCGAGUAUGAAGCAUGUAUUUUUGGUCUUAAAAUGGCUUUGGAAAUGGAGGUUAAGGAGUUAAUAGCUUUUAGUGAUUCAGAUUUACUUGUGCACCAAACGUUGAAGCAGUGGGUAAUCAAAGAUUCAAAAAUCCUGCCAUACCACUGUAAUUUGCUCAAUUUGGCUAAACAAUUUCAAAGUUUGGAAUUCAGACAUCUCCCACGAGCUCGAAAUGCAUUUGCAGAUGCCUUGGCCACUUUAUCUUCCAUGAUACAAUAUCCGGACGAAUUGGGAAUCGAGCCUAUCCGGAUUCAACUCCAAGACAAGCCUGCUCAUUGUUGGGUCAUAGACAAGACAUCUGGCAAAAGUCCUUGGUACAAUGAUAUUAAGGAAUUCAUCAAAAUCGGAUCUUACCCUCCAGAAGCUAGUACAAAUGACAAGGGUUUCCUGCGCAGAAUGGCCUCGAAGUUUUUCUUAAAUGGAGAGGUAUUAUACAAAAGGACCUCAGAUUUGAACCUCUUAAGGUGCGUCGAUGAAAAUGAAGCUCAAUACAUGAUGAAGGAGGUGCAUAGUGGCGUCUGCGGACCCCACAUGAAUGGACAUUUGUUGGCGAAGAAAAUCAUGAGAACCGGGUAUUUUUGGCUUACAAUGGAACACGAUUGCAUAGAUUUUGUCCGGAGAUGUAUUAAAUGUCAAAUGCAUGGCGACGUCAUACGCGCUCCUCCUACCGAGUUACAUAGCAUGAUUGCUCCAUGGCCCUGCUCAAUGUGGGGUAUGGAUGUGAUUGGCACAACUGACCCUCCUGCUUCAAAUGGGCAUCGAUUUAUAUUGGUGGCAAUUGAGUACUUCACCAAAUGGGUCGAAGCGGAAUCAUUCAAGCAUGUGACAAAGAAGGUGGUGGCGAAUUUCUUAAGAGAUCACAUCAUAUGCAGAUUUGGGGUGCCGGAAACAUUGAUUACAGACAAUGCCAAGAAUCUCAACAAUGAUAUGGUGGACGGGCUAUGCGAACAGUUCAAAGUCAGACAUCGCAACUCUGCCAUCUAUAGACUGCAGAUGAAUGGAGCUUUGGAGGAGGCUGAUUGGAUAAAGCAGCGUUAUGAACAACUCUCUUUGAUUGAUGAAAGACGGCUUAAUGCCAUUUGUCACGGCCAAUGUUACCAAAAGCGCAUGGCCCGGGCCUACAACAAGAAGGUCCAUUUGCGUACAUUUGAGGAAGGCGACAAAGUGUUGAAGCGAAUUUUGCCGGUGCAAGAUGAGGCCAAAGGCAAGUUCGCUCCAAAUUGGCAAGGGCCAUUCAUUGUUAAAAAGGUCAUGGAAGGAAAUGGUGAUAAUGAGCCGUCACAGAGGCGCCUUCCGGUGGUCCGUUAUCGAGAGGGGCCUGGGGGUGCUCUUUGGAGUUGGAACCCAAUUCGUCGAACUAAGCCUCCCUGUGACUGUCGGCGGACUUACUCUGUAAGGAUUGAAGACAACCUAAGUGGAGGGGGGUGA